AUGGAAAUUCGUAAUAAAUUCAAAAAUUUUUAUAUCAAAAAAUGAGUAUUUGAGUGAGAGAAAUAAAUUAUUUAAAAUAUAGUAAAAUAAUUAGAAUUAGGUAAAUUACACUAACUGAAACCGUAAUCAUGGCCUGUGUUACCUGUGUUACGUUACUGCUCCUAUCAUAUUUAUGAUCUAUACGCAAAGAUCGAUGCCUGACAAAAAGAUCCUACCUUUAAAAAUAUUUUCGAAAUGAUUUUGUUAGAUUAUCAUAAUGUUGUAAUAGAAGAGACGCUGAACCAGCCGAUUGUGAAUCUAGAACCUACAGUUUUGGAUAUGACUGUAGUCGAUUUUGAUGGAGUAGCUUACCAUCUUUCAACUCCAGAAUCUAAAUCUGUAAUUAAAUUUUCGUUAAUUAUGCAAUGUUACAAAGAGCUUGUUCAAUGGGGUGCUCAGGAUAUGUUACAGAGAGAAUAUGGCCCAUACUGUGUCCCUAAAGAAGAUGGAUAUGAUGUUACUUUAGAAUUUGACUUGCAAAAACUACCUGAAGAUAAAAGUCAAAGAGAAGAACUAGUAAAGAAAUUAGCUUUAAUUAAACGUAAUCUAAUGGCUCAACCAUUUGAACGUGCAUUUGAGCAACAAGCUCAAUUUGAAGAUGAAAAACAACCCAACCCAACACCUGAUCUCAUGCAAAUUCAUUAUAGAGAUCAGGAAGCUAUUUAUAUUCAAGCCCAAUUGGAUAGAGUCACUGUAAUCUUUACUACAUUAUUUAAGGAAGAGACUGAUAGAAUAUUUGGCAGGGUGUUCUUACAGGAAUUUGUUGAUGCUCGUCGUCGUCCUGCCAUUCAAAAUGCUCCACAAGUGUUAUACUCAAGCAAAGAGCCUCCAUUAGAAAUCAGACAUUUACCAGAAUUACAAAAUACAAGUGAAAAUGAGGAUAUUGGAUAUGUCACGUUUGUUUUGUUUCCUCGCCACUUUGCCAAGGGAGAUGUAAGAGAGAAGACGAUCUCUCAAAUUCAAUUAUUCCGAGAUUAUCUUCACUAUCAUAUUAAAUGUUCAAAGGCCUAUAUGCACUCUAGAAUGCGUGCUCGUGUGCAAGAAUUUUUGAAAGUACUUAACAGAGCCAAACCGGAAGUACCAAAUGUUGAGAAAAAAACAAUAACAGGAAAAACCGUUAUCCGAUCUUAAAUUUUUUUUUUAAAAAAAAAUAUCUUACAAUAAAAAUAAUUAAUUUAAAUGUAAAUAUGUGUUCAUUAAAUAUCUAAUAUUAAGCUUGAUAAUAGUAAAAAAUAGUAAAAAUAUUAUUUGCUUUAAUUCAGCUUUCUGACU